GGAAAGCGACCGCGUAUCCUAAUUGCAGAGUAGAUUUUAGGAAAUUAGAUUUAUAAUAAAUUAUUAAUAAUAGAUAUUUGUGAUAUAAUAUAAUCAUUAAUCAGGUAUCGAGAGAAGAAAAAUCAAUUGAGUUCAGUGACGUUCAAUUGUCUUACAGUUUCUUCAAAUUAUGGAAGACGAACAGGAUUCAAUAGAAAUUGAAAAUCCUAGUAAAAGCGCCACUGUUCUCUGUGUUCAAUAUCUUAUAUCACAUCACAUGAAAUCUAAAAAUGUAAUUAAAAAAGAUGAUCUGAUAAAAACUAUCUUCAAAGGUCGCAAUAUCAGCAAAAAUUAUGAAAGAGUUAUGGAAGAAGUGAAAAACACCUUAAAAAAUACUUUUGGAUUUUCAAUAUCAUAUAUUAAAAAUGAUCACAAGCAGUUCAUAAUUAUAAAUAGUAUAGAAGAGAUUGAUGCUCCUGAAUUUAGUCUUUCUGAAGAAUCAAAAUACCGUAUUUUACUUAAACCAAUAAUUGGGGCUCUAGUUAUGGUCCGUGCACCAAUCAGUGAAGGUCAAAUGUGGAAUAUACUGGACAAAUUUGCUCAAAAAUUAAAUUUAGACAUAAAUUAUAUUAAACGAAUGGUUAAAGGAGAUUUUGUAAAAGAUCAAUAUCUUCAAUAUAAACUUACUGAUGAUACAACUAUAAUGCUUGAUCCAGAAAAAACAAGUUAUUGGUUUACUUUAGGACCUAGAGCAUUAGAAGAAUGUGAUCAGAUGGCAUUAUUAAAACGAGUUGGCGAAUUGUACAACAAGCCUGCCAAGUCUUUCAAGCGUGUUUAUGCUGCGUUAAUUAAAUAAUAAUUUUUGUUUGUAAGUCGUUUAAUUUUUAUUAUGUUAUCUCAAAAAUAAACAAUGGACUCAACUUAUUUCGAAUAUACAAAAGAACAUAUUUUAAGUUUGAUUGUUAUUAUUAGGUUCUCGAGAAUAAAAUAUGAUUAUCUAUAUAACAAUUUUCAUUCAUGUAUGUAUUUUAAAC